AUGUUAGUUGUUCGAAAAUACAUCACCAUCCUUAUAUUCUGUUUAGUUGCCAUACUAGUUCCCGCUCAAAGCUCUUUUCUUCCACCUUGUGAACCGGUUAAUGAGACUGUGGCUGUGGAAAAGGAGGGCUGUCCAAAAUGCUUGGUAUUUCGCACCACCAUCUGCAGUGGCCACUGCUUAACAAAGGAGCCUGUAUACAAAAGCCCAUUUUCCACUGUCUACCAGCAUGUGUGCACUUACCGGGAUGUACGCUAUGAGACUGUCCGAUUGCCAGAUUGCCCUCCAGGAGUGGACCCCCUUAUCACCUAUCCGGUGGCUCUCAGCUGCGAUUGCACCCUCUGCACCAUGGACACAUCUGACUGUACGAUCGAGAGCCUACAGCCUGAUUUUUGCAUGUCUCAGAGAGAAUAUUUUCUUGAAUACUAG